AUGCUUAAUAGCUGGGUCCACAAUACAAUUGAUCUGCAGUUGCAACCUUAUAUUCAGUAUUUCAACACAGCAAAAGAACUUUGGGAAGACCUGAAAGAGCGAUAUUCAGUUGCGAAUAUACCACGACUAUAUCAACUCCGCACCAGUCUUGCUAAUAUCAGGCAAGAUGGAACCAAGGUUGGCACCUACUACACACGUCUGAGGGCUAUCUGGGAUGAGAUAGAUGCAAGCAAAAACCAACCUUCUUGUACGUGUGGAGCCAAAAGUGUCAUGGCAAUUUAUAAUAGUGAUGAAGCUGAAAAUGAAAAGGUUUACCAAUUCCUUAUGAGGUUGGAUGAUAAUCAAUUUGGUGCGUUGAGGACUCAGAUUCUCAACUACCCAACCUUUCCCAAUUUAAAUCAAGCUUAUGCAGCUGUGGUUUAG